UCCUGGGCUCAUGGCAAUCUCAGGGCGUGGUCUUGGGAGGCUGAAAGGAUGUGCUUGGAUUGUGCAAGGAAGCCUAAAUAAAGCGCGACCGAUCACCACCUCCCAACGCACGCGCACUGCGCGCGCUCGAACACAUUCCCAAUAAACCAAGGUCCGGCCAGUUCCCGCGCCGGCGACCCGAGUACCCGACACAACCGCAAUGAAGCCCCCAAGCCGUCUCGUCGUCGCCUCCGUAGCCGGGCUGCUCGUCGCCGCGUCGCUGCUGGUCACCAACCUCUUCACCUCGCCGUUGCCGUUCCUCCCGUGCCUGCCGGUUGUCACAGCCCCAUCGGGCGCCGGGUACGAGCCUUCCGGCCUCGCGGCGCUCGCCGACGCCGCCGUGUACUAUGCCACCACGCCGAACGUGCCGCAGCAGACGCGCGACGAGAUCUCGCUCUCCCUCGCCGUGCUCCGCCGCCGCGCGCCGAUGCGGCUGCUGGUGUUCGGCCUCGGCUACGACUCGCCGCUCUGGCACGCGCUCAACCCCGGCGGCGUCACCGUCUUCCUGGAGGAGGACCCGGAGUGGUACCGCGUCGUCCGCACGGAGUCGCCGUUCCUGCGCGCCCACCUGGUCCAGUACCGCACGCAGCUCGACCACGCCGACAUCCUCCUCCAGUCUUACAAGCGGUUUCCAUCCUGCGUCCCCGGCGCCGGUGCCGAGGGCGCGGAGCCUCCCGUGUUUGUCCGCGGCAACGACGCGUGCCCGCUGGCGCUGCACAACCUGCCGCCGGAGGUGUACGAGAACGAGUGGGACAUGCUCAUGGUGGACGCGCCCAAGGGAUACUUCCCGUCGGCGCCGGGGAGGAUGGCGGCGAUAUGGACGGCGGCUGCCAUGGCGCGUUCUAGGCGUGGCGAGGGGAACACCGACGUGUUCCUGCACGACGUCGACCGCAGGGUGGAGAAUAUGUACGCCGAGGAGUUCCUCUGCGACAGGUUCCGGGUGGGAGGGACCGGCAGGCUCUGGCAUUUCAGUAUCCCGCCGGUGUCACGACGGGGGAAUACCACGGCGGCGGCCGGCGGGGGCGAGAGGCCGUUUUGCUGACGGUGCAAGCCUCCCUAGGGGUACUUCAGAGAAUGCUUAGUCAGGGCGUAUAAGGAAAAUUGUAUGCUGCAUGCGUAGUUCGAAUUCAGGUGAACAUUGUUAUUCCAAGAGUCUUCCUCGCGGCCUUUCUAUCAGCCACGAUGUUAGCGGGUCUAGAAAAUUUUGCUAGGGUUGAUUGAAAGAGCACGACUGCACGAGGAGGGGAAAGAAAACCAGGGAGAAUUGAUCAUGCUGAUAUUGGUAGAUUUUUCAUUGAGGACAACAUUAUUUUAAUGGUCUACACCAAAAGUUAUUCGUAGUUUGGGUCUUGAUUUCUGAUGCUCCAACUAACAACGCCCAGUUGGGCUGCUGUUGAUUUUUUUUUUUUUUUU